AUGUUUGGUAUACAAUCGGCGACUCAACUAAUACGCUCAGAGUUUGAUCACUGUAUGUUGAGUGGAGGCUGCACCAGCACCGAUAUUCAUCCAGUAGUUUCGGGCACUGUCCAAAUUGGUCCAUACUAUCGCGCCAUAGUAUACUGGCGCUUCUUUGCUGGUCCUUCGGCUUGGUACGGAAGCCUGUCAAGAGAGCUUCUCCUGGUUGACAUACAAUACUUGUUGUCAUCGGAGAUACACAUUGGUAAAAAUGUUCGGCAGGCUGAUAAAACAACUUUACGCCGGUAUUCCAAGAUAUAUGAUUCUCCCAUCACCGAAGACUUGGCCAGCACCUGCUUCAUUGGACUACUUCUUUCCGCUGAAAAUAUUGAAGAAUCUCACGAGAUAGAAACUCCCGAAAUAGAACUCAAUUCAAUCACUCAACUCGAUGAAGCCAAGCUACAAACCAUUCUGGAUUCUGACCACACGCUGAAUCAAAAAUACAAAAUAUUACAGCUAGAAAUAGACGUGAUGCGACAAACUGGGAUACAAGCACCUGACAUUAUAGACCCUGCACAAUGGUUUCAGUUACUCAAAUUAACAACCCGAUCUUCCAGAAGAAAGUAUCUAAAAUAUUUAUUCAAAAGAGAAAAGGGCAAGCAAAAUUCACGGGCCAAAAAGGAGUUAGCAAGAUCAGCAAAGAAAACAAGUAUGGCAGAACGUACAGAAAAAAACAAUGAUGUCUAUGGAUUACAAAAAACAACAUUGUUUUUACGAAUAUAUGAUACUACGAUACACAAAUUUCACAACACAAAAUUGAUGCAAGCUACAAUGUUUGGCUCAAAGCUUGUAAUAGACUGUGGAUACCAUGCUCAAAUGACGAAUCAAGAGAGUACGGAAUGCGCCAAACAGCUAACAUAUUUAUUUGGGGACAAUCGUGUUCAACGUGAACCUUUUGAUCUCUACUUUUGUAAUGUGGACAAGUCUUCUCAGCUUAUGCAAAAAUUUCAUCGUAAUGUACCGAACGCAUAUGAGGAAGAUUUUCCGCUAAACAUUACCGAGGCUUCAUAUUUGGACAUUUUUGACAAAAAAAGAUUAAUCUACUUGACCCCCCACUGUAACGUAGAGAUGAAUGAAUACCUCCCUGACGCCAUUUAUAUCAUAGGUGGCAUUGUUGAUAAAACCAAUACUAAACCUCUCUCUUUGGCUAAAGCGAAGAAAGAGGGACUAAAAAUGGCCAAAUUACCUCUUGAUAAGUAUUUGUUAUGGGGCCCUGGCGCAGGAAAACGACUACCACUAAAUCACAUGAUAAGAAUCUUGGGUGACAUCAGGGCUACUGGAGAUUGGAAAAAAGCACUACUUCAUGUAUCCAGAAGGAAACUGGAAAAAGGUCUUGACGAACUGAAUCUUGAGAAAGUUCAGGAAGAGCAAGAACUCCAGAGGAAUUUCAGGCAGCAUAAUCACGAUAGGUAUCAUCGUUUGGAUACUAGUGAGCUAUUGAGGUACCGUAGACAUACAAACGAUAAACACGGAACUGAUCUUGUCUCGUUCACUUAUCAGGAUAGACGAAAGAAACCCUUGUAAAUAUGUAAAUUGAGACAAUUUGGAGCUUAAUAAAUAGCUAUGUUUAUAUAAA